AAUAUAUUGUUCUCUCUCAUCUUAGUUUGUUUUCUGUAACCUACGAAAAUGAGGGUUCCAAUUACUAUUGUACUAUCAAUACUUCUAGUUCUUCUAAUUCAACAACCAUGCAAAGCUAGUAGGGUUUUGUAUGAAGAUGGCGAAAAAAUGGUGGUGAAGAACAAAGGAGACAUGCUGAUUCUGGAGUCACUUCAAAGGGCUCCGGUCCCUCCUUCUGGAUCAUCUGGGUGCACCAACAUCCCCGGCGGUGGUGGUCCAAGCUGCCUUGCGGCUCAAGAAAUGAACUUUGCCGGUGAUGCUGCUUUCCCUCGCGCUAGUGCUUACCCCCAUCUCGUGGUUCCUUUAGGCAUUGCUAAAAAUCAGAGAUAAGACUCAUCAUGUCUUAUAUAUCUUUGAUUAAAUCGCGAUUGCCACCGAAGAUGCAUAAACUUCCUUUUAUAAUAAGCUAGAAGCACAAGUUUCAAAUUUCUUGGCAUGCACGAUUCAAGGUGUACAUAAGCCGUACCGAAAAUGUUUAGUCUUCUUUGUAAUUCGUUUAAUUUUUUUCUUGAUAUUUUGAUUCUUUCAAAUGAUUGGUGGCCAUGCAUGUACGUACAUGCA